GAGCGGGUCGAGGUGGCGUCCCCGCUAAACGCCUGGAAGCGAGGUGAGGCCCGGCGAGCCCGGGCCGAGGCGCUGCUGGCCAGGCCGAGCCCCGCGGGGGCGGCGCGGAGGAGCCGGGGCGGCGAGACCCCUGAGCCGGGCGGGCAGGGCCUGAUCCCGGCCAGGCGGCGGGCUAGAAGCGGCCCCGCGGUGCGGGCGCCCGGCUGCGCACCGGGCAGGGCCGGCCCGUGUUCGGCCGGGCCCGAACCAGGGCUGCACGAAAGGGCCCUGAGCAGCCGUGCCCGGGAGGAGCCCGCGGGUGCUCGGCGGCUCCGGGGCCGGGAGGGCCACGCGGCUGGAGGCACAGGCCGGGGCUACAGCCGGGGUGCCACGGUUCGCAGCUGGCCGGGACACCGGUGGUGUCACACAUGGGCACGAACGGGCGCGACCCGCCCAGCACAGAGCGCGGGGCUCCAUCGGCCUCGGCUCCGCUGGCCCUGCACGGGCACCGUGUGGCCGUGAGAGUGCCGUGCACGGGCCCCGGUUCCCUUCCCUUGGUCAGCUGGUGUCCCACACGUUACCGGCCAUUCACAUUCUCUGCUGAAGGCUGAGUGAGGUCCUGGGUAAUCGGGGCUUUUCAGUGAUGUUCAGCUGUGUAUCAUCUGAGCCUGAGGAACCUUAAUUUAUUUUGAAGACUUCCCUUUGGUAUUCAGUUAUUAUGCAGUGGUCGAAGGAUUAGCUCUGCUGGAUUUAGGGGUCUCGCCAUACUCUGGAGCUAUUUUUCAUGAGACCCCGCUGAUAAUCUAUCUCUUUCACUUCCUAAUUGAAUAUGCUGAACUGGUAUUCAUGAUAACUGAUGUGCUAACUGCUGUUGCCCUUUACUUGGCAAUCCAGGACUUCAACAAAGUUGUGUUCAAAAAGCAGAAGCUCCUAAUAGAACUGGAUAAAUAUGCACCAGAUGUGGCUGAACUCAUCCAGACACCCAUGGAGAUGCACUACAUCCCCCUCAAGGUAGCACUAUUCUACCUGUUAAACCCCUACACUGUGAUGUCUUGUGUGGCAAAGUCCACCUGCGCCAUCAACAACUCUGUCAUUGCAUUCUUCAUUUUAGCUACAAUAAAAGGUAGUGCCUUCCUCAGUGCUGUGUUCCUGGCCUUAGCAACAUACCAAUCACUCUACCCUCUCACACUGUUUGCUCCAGCACUGCUUUACCUUCUACAGCGCCAGUUCAUACCUAUCAAACUGAAAAGCAAAAGUUUCUGGCUCUACACCAUGCAGUAUGCAUCCCUGUACCUGUGCAGCCUGGUGGUGAUCAUCUGCCUCUCCUUCUUCCUGCUCAACUCCUGGGAUUUUAUCCCAUCUGUUUAUGGGUUUAUCCUUUCUGUUCCAGACCUGACACCCAAUAUUGGCCUUUUCUGGUACUUCUUUGCAGAGAUGUUUGAACACUUCAGUCUUUUCUUUGUAUGUGUGUUUCAAAUCAAUGUGUUCUUCUACACCAUUCCUUUGGCAAUAAAGUUAAAGGAACAUCCUGUGUUCUUCCUGUUUGUCCAGCUCGCCAUCAUUUCUAUCUUCAAGUCCUAUCCCACCGUGGGAGACGUUGCACUGUACAUGGCCUUCCUUCCAGUCUGGAGCCACCUUUACAGAUUCCUCCGGAACAUCUUCAUCCUGUCAUGUGUGCUCAUUUUCUGCUCCUUCCUGUUCCCUGUUCUGUGGCAUCUAUGGAUUUAUGCAGGAAGUGCCAACUCCAAUUUUUAUUAUGCCAUCACAUUGACUUUCAACAUAGGGCAGAUCCUGCUCAUCUCGGAUUAUUUCUAUGCCUUCCUCCGGCGGGAGUACUACCUCACCCACGGGCUGCACCUGACAAGGCAGGACGGGACAGAGGCCAUGCUGGUUCUGAAGUAAGGACUGGACCACCAUUUCCUGGGACAUGGGCCACUCCGAGGAACAUGCAAAGCUUGGACUACAUGGGGUGGGUGGGGAAGGUUCCCUGAAGGAGGUCUGACUUUGGGAAUGAUACCUACUGAAAGAAAGGGCUGAGGUUCUGGGAAUAACCACUGAGCUGCAGGCUCAGCACAGACUCUCAGAGCUGCAGUGCCUCCUCCCUCAGCUGUGCUUUUCACUUCGACCUCAGCCAUCAGCUCUGGGCAGUCCAGCAAGAGCCGGAGUGUCUGAGCUAAACCCAGGGCCGCAGCUCAGACCAUGAACUGUUUUCCACCACUGCUUCUUGGAGAUGUUUGCUUCUCCGGGGACCUUCCCCUUCACUGCUUUGACCAAUAAUGCUCCUGCUUGGCACGAGGCAGGCUCGGGGUACCUGGUGCCCCAAGCCUGGCUGCAGGUUCCAUUUCUUGGUGGUUCUACUGUUGAGGGAUCUGGAAGAAUCCCAUGUGCUCAGUCACAGUGGGUGCUGUGAAAAGGUUGGGUGACUAAGGACAAUGACCUUGGGCAGCAUCUGGAGCUGGUGCCACACCUGGUAACCUCAGCACUCAAACAAACAUGAGUAGGAACCAGAACUGGGAUGGGAUCAGGAGCAAGGUGGGUACCAGGUAACUGCUCUAUCCCAUUGGAGCAACAUAGCCAUGCCAGGAGCUGCACAGAGGCAUUGCAGGUCUCCGAGGGAAUACUACUGAGGAGAUGGACUCCCACUGCUCCCAGUUUCUGUUGGGUGAUAAAGCCCGGCAGUGCGGGGUUCACACUGUGCUGCUGUGAUCACUUGGGGCAGCAGCUGGGACCAGGAGGUGUCACAAUCUCCCUGUAAGGCCCCAGACCAAAUCCAGGAGGAGUCUCAGCCACUGCUGUUACGGAGUUGUUCCACAGCUGCUUAUCACUACAGGAUGUGCACUUGUCUGUGUCACCCUGUGCCAGUCAGUGCUGGGCUCCAGGCUGUGCAUGGGGGCUCCCUUCAAUCAGUUCCCCUGGUCCCCCCCACUCCUCUUUGUACUCAGACCUGCUCACCCUGGAGCUGCUGCUACUGCCCCCUGAAUGUGACACUGUGGGGUGAAGCCACCAGCUCUGCUGGCUGUGGCUGGCACUGAGAUGCAGUGACCAGAGUGUGACAGCCGCCUCCGGCAUCGCCACUGCUCCCGCGGGACAGCCGGAGGUUGGGAAUGAGACAUGGAAACCGCACCGGGUACGGAGCAGCUGAUGGAUGGGUGAGCCCAGGCAGGUUGUAAAGAGAUCCUUCUUUCCGGACAAUUCAAACUUUUGCCUUACUGCACUUCUGUCAGCGCUUUGGGGGUGGAGCCGCGCCCGGCCUGGGGCGGCCCCGACGGGAGCCUCGGGCCGGCGGGGGCACGGCCGGGAGCGAAAUAAAUAAAACUGUGCGAGUUUUGGA